AAAAAGAAAUAGUAGGCAAAAUUAAAACCCGCCAAAUUAAAAAAGAUAAAAACGGAUUAGAGUAUUUACUAUUGCGACUAACUACUAAUGAGAGCAUUUUUGUCUUUCCGCAAAAUCACCUCUGA